CGAAUGACAAUGGCCGCUUCUUCUUGAAGAUUUGAUGAGAUAUGCAGCUCCAUUAAUACCUCAUCAUCUUCAUCAUUAUCUUACUUCGUCUACGCUCCAAGCUUCCGAAGAAUCGAAUAGCUAGAGAGUGCAGCAGUUAAGGGUAUCCAUCCAAUACUAGCUAUUCGGUUCAGUAGGUUUCUGAUUAUCAAGUAAUUGACAAGAAUGCAGGAGAAUCUUCCUCCUGGGUUCAGAUUCCAUCCAACAGAUGAAGAACUGAUUACAUACUAUCUCGGGCGCAAGGUUUCUGAUGUUAGCUUCACAUCACAAGCCGUAGCUGUUGUCGAUCUCAAUAAGUGUGAACCUUGGGACCUCCCAGGCAAGGCUUCGAUGGGAGAGAAAGAAUGGUAUUUCUUCAACUUAAGAGACCGAAAAUACCCUACUGGACUUCGGACCAACCGAGCCACAGAAGCAGGGUAUUGGAAGACAACUGGCAAAGACAAAGAAAUACUUCGUCAAGGGGUACUCGUUGGAAUGAAGAAAACCCUAGUUUUCUACAGGGGUAGAGCUCCAAGGGGUGAGAAAACCAACUGGGUCAUGCACGAAUACAGACUAGAAAACAAGCACCAUCCCUUCAAAUCCUCAACCUCAAAGGAAGAAUGGGUGGUUUGUAGGGUGUUUCAGAAGAGCAUAGCCUUGAAAAAACCACAGCAAAUUACAUCUUCCUCACCGCAAUCUGUCGAUUCUCUUGGCGAGACAAACUCAAUGAUAAAUGAAUUUGGAGAUGUGGAGUUGCCUAAUUUUAUGAACAACAUUGCAAAUUCAUCUAGUACUGGGUUCAUCAGCAACAACAUGUCAAUUCCAGAAGGCAACAAUUACAACGUUAUUGAUAAUAAGAGAAUCAAUAAUGAUGUUAACAUGAUCAGCACUACUUUAAACAUGAAUAAUUGGCUCGGGGCGAGAGAGGCGGCGGCUAGUGGUGCCAUUCUUCCGGCAGCAGCACUCGGAUCAUGGCCAUCUAGCUUGCUAAGUCCAUCGAAUCUUUCGUCAGUGAACUCCUUGCUACUUAGGGCAUUACAACUUAGGAGUAGCAGUGCUAGUACUAAUAGUACCAUCUAUCAGCAACCGAUUAGAGAUGCUACAGCAGCUGGUCUAGAAGAUCACUACUCCUCUUUCAUGGCAGCUCAACAGCAACAGCAACAGCAACAGCAACCUGGAUUAAUGUCUCACUUUGGCACUGAUCAUAACAUGAAUUCGUCAAAUUUGCAAGCCUCUUCAUCAUCUAAGGAUCAGGUCAUGGAUUCCGUGCCGCAGUCACAACAGCAUCCGGGGCAACCAUUCAACUUGGACUCCAUAUGGUGAAGUUGCAGGAUCAUCAAGGAUUCAUAAGCUAGCUAACUUCUUAAACGACAAUUUUCGACCGUAUGUUAAUCCGGAUACGUACGUACAUGAAAGAAAAGGAACUAUGACUGGGUAGUACAGCGACUUCAUUAUCUCUCGUUCACCUUUCCCCGCAUAUAUAUAAAAAUGUCAUAUAUAUCAAAAUAACUACGUAACAAUGUUCAUGUUGGUGUACGUUGGUGUUGUUAAGUGUAACUGCGCGUAUGC